AUGACUGCUAUACUAUCCGUAGCAUUGAUUCCUGUCGGUGUCCGUGGUAUGAAAAUACUUGACCGUCAGAAAUUUUUGCGUAACGUGUUAGUACCGAUACUUAAAGUGCCUGGAGAAAAAGUGUCUAAAAUUACCCCAAUAUGCAAACAUUAUCUGUUGAAACUUGAAAAUUUUAAGCCCGUUCAGUCUUUACAUGAUGAUAUUGAAGGUUCAAAUAGAAAAUGCAUCCAUUUGAAUCCCGAGAAGAUCAAUCAAUGGAUUGACAUCACUGAAGAUGAUCGCCAAUCUCUCAUCAAGUAUGGUGUAACGGAAGAAAAUUUUGACUCUAAGGAAAUACAACUUACAUAUGAAAAUUUUAAGUAUGAUGCGAUUUUCAAGACAGUGUUACCUGAAAAUGAAGAAAUUGUCAGAGGUUUUUCUCAAAUAGGUCAUAUUAUUCAUUUAAAUUUACGUGAUCAUCUUCUAGAUUAUAAAAGUCUGAUUGGCCAAGUAUUAGUUGAUAAAUUCAAAACUUGCAGAACUGUAGUUAAUAAGAAAAAUACAAUUGAUAAUACCUACAGAAACUUCAGUAUGGAGGUCAUUGCAGGCGAAGAAGAUUUUGUUGUCACUGUAAAGGAAAAUCUCUGCAACUUCCAGUUUGAUUUCUCAAAAGUAUAUUGGAAUCCACGUCUUUGUACAGAACACGAGAGAAUUUUGAAACUUCUGAAGCCUGGGGAUGUUUUGUUUGAUGUGUUUUGUGGAGUGGGUCCAUUUACAAUACCAGCAGCAAAACGCAAGUGUAAUGUAUUUGCUAAUGAUUUAAAUCCUGACUCAUUCACUUGGUUAAACCAUAAUGCUAAACAAAAUAAAGUUAACAUGUCUCUUUUUAAGUCAUACAACCUUGAUGGGAAAGAUUUUAUUUGCACAGUAUUUAAAGAUUAUAUAGUUAAGUUAUGCCAAGGUAAAGAAGAGUUAAAUGAAAAUGCUACAAUACAUAUUACAAUGAAUUUACCAGCAAUGGCUGUUGAGUUCCUUAAACAUUUCAAUGGUUUAAUCAAUGAUAAAUCACUUGUUGACAAAUAUAACUUUGAAAUCAUUGUUUAUGUAUAUUGUUUUGCUGUUGGGGAUGAUCCUUUUAAGGUAGCUGAACAAUUGGUUAUGGAAAACAUUGGUGAUAUAUCUGGUAGUAAUUUAAGUGUAUUCCAAGAUAUGUACAAAAGAGAAGACAUAGGCAAAGAACUUAAAGUACUUUAUAUUCGUACCAAAGAUCCGUUCAAGGAAAUUGAGAAUUUCGUGAAGCAAAUAGAAACGCAUUAUGGAAUAAAUCUUAUCGUGACAGAAGGAGUACUAAAGGAAGCCUUACAAACGAUAACAGAAAACGAUAAAAAUUUAAAAGCGUGCUUGAUGGGGACUCGACGGACAGAUCCUUAUAGUGAAAAUUUAAAAUUUAUGCAGCAUACUGAUCCGGGCUGGCCUCGGAUAUUGCGAGUGUCGCCUCUGUUGAACUGGACCUAUCACCAGAUAUGGAGUUACAUCUUACACCGACAGGUGCCCUAUUGUAGCCUGUACGACAAAGGUUAUACAUCGAUAGGCAGCACAGCUAAUACAUGGCCGAACGAAUCUUUAGCUUACAUAGAAAAUGGCCGCGUGCACUAUCGUCCCGCGUGGUUGUUACCAGAUGGAUCUUUGGAACGAGCGGGCCGUGAUCAGAGGCACUCAGACGGACACACUACACACGCGGUUAAAACUGUUCAAGAAAACAAUAUUAUCCAUGAACACAAAACCAUCCAAGUGAACAAAACUACACGACCAGCAGAACAAAACGAGUGUCAUAUGGACCAGUUAAACUCUGUAUAG